AUGAUUCUUAAAGAAAAUGUCUCAGAAUAUCAACCAAAACUGAUAAAGAAAAUAAUGCUCAUUUUGUGCUGGAUACUAACAUUUUUUGUCAGUGGGGUAGAAGUUAGAGAGAUUAACUUGCCAGGAUGUUCCCAUGUUGAACCUCAAAUAUGGUACCGUGCAAUUAAUGAUGAGGAGUUUGUUCUACAAUGUGCUUUGCCAGAUAGAGAUGCUACCAACAUUUAUAACAACUCACUUCUAAAUCAGCAUAAGGUGAAGUGGUUCUGGCACCAGAAAGAUAAAGAGACACUGAAGGCUAUCAAGGAAAGUUCAGAUUUGGCUUUCCAAGGGGAUGCACUUUGGUUUAAACCAAUUAGAGACAGUGCUUCUGGAGUGUACAUCUGUAGGAUAUGGGGAAAAAUCCCAUGUCUCAAAAUUGUUUUGGAUGUUCAAACAAAGAAGGCAGCAAAAUGUUCAGGUUAUGACACAAAUACGGUAUAUCUUCUUGCUGGCAGUGGAAAUUCAAUAACCUGUCCUGGGACAAAAUGUUACAGCCACAUAAAAAAGCCAGAUGUGAAAUGGUACAAGGAUGGUCAUCAGAUAAAAUACAGGAAAAGCAGACCAAGCCUAAAGCUUAAGCAGAAUGAAAUCUACUUGAAUCCAACCUAUGACAAAGAUGCUGGAAUAUAUGUGUGUGAUUACACUCUGUCUGAAAACAUUACCAAGUGGACAGUGAGAACAGCAGUAACAGUAGAAGUCAUUGCAAAAAACACUAUUCAUCCACCAAACCUUUUGUAUCCCAAUGGUGUUGUCAUCCUCGAAGUAGAAGUUGGCAAGCCACUUGAAUUGGAAUGCCGUGUACAGUUUGGGUUUGAAACAAUUUCUCCAAUGAGGGUAACAUGGAAACGAAACAACGAAGAGAAUGUAAGUGAGAAAUUGAAUCAGAAAACAAGUGUCUAUCCAAAAGGUUUGAAGGGACACACGCUUCUUCAUGUUGCAACACUGAAGGAAGUUACUGAAAAGGACCUCAGAAGCAACUUUACAUGCUUUGCUGAGAAUUCAGUGGGGAAUGCCACUGCUGUGAUCCAACUGAAAAGAAAGCAGAGAGUGUUGUUCUUAUAUGUACUAUGCAGUGCCAUUUCUACUCUAUUUGCAUUUGUUUUGUGCACUGCCUUUAUUUACCAGCACUGGAUUGAAAUAGUGUUGAUGUAUCGAAGUUAUCUGGUCCACAACAAAAGUACAGAAGAUGGCAAAGAAUUUGAUGCAUUUGUGUCCUAUGCAAAACUAAACUCUUCUGAAAGUGACUCUGCUUUAAUUAGUGAGGAAAAAUUUGCCCUCGAGCUUCUUCCAGAUACGCUAGAAAAUAAAUAUGGAUACAAGUUAUGUAUUCUUGAAAGAGAUAUUCUUCCAGGAGGAGCGUACACAGAUGAAGUUGUAACAGCUAUUAAACAAAGCAGACGGGUAAUAAUUAUUUUAAGCCCAGCCUAUGUCAGUGGACCAAGCAUCUUUGAAUUGCAGGCAGCAGUGAACUGUGCAUUGGAAGAUAAAGGGAUCAAACUGGUAUUAAUAAAGUUCCAGGAUUUCCAAGAGCCAGACACUUUGCCUCCAGAAGUGAAGAAAGCACUUCGGAUUUUACCAGUUGUUACUUGGAAGUCUUCCAUUUCUGCUGCUCCACACAAGAAGUUCUGGAAAUACAUGUGUUACCACAUGCCAGUGAAAACUACUAAGAGGCUGGAAAAUUGCAGCCUCAAGGGCUUAUGCCAAAGGUUAUUCAGACUGGUAUACUGAUAGGAGAAAUUUCCCAGUGGGAUGACAUCAGGCUCAGGAGUG